AUGACCUCCUCAUUGUUUCUGGUCUUUCUAUUCCUGUCUCCAGCUUCAGUGGCCACUCUCAGAGCUGACAGUCAGUGUCCAGCAUGUGGGGGACCCACCUUGGACUUGGAGAGCCAGAGGGAACUGCUUCAUGACUUUGCCAAGAGAAGUAUCCUGGAUAAGCUGCACCUCCGCCAGCGCCCAACACUGGGCCGGCCUGUGUCCAGAUCUGCCCUGAGGACAGCACUACAGCGCCUCCGUGAACUAUCACAAGAGGCUCUUCUUGAGGACGACAUAGGACAGGAAUAUGAGAUCAUCAGCUUUGCUGAGACAGGCCUCUCCAACAUCAACCAGAUUCGUCUUGAUUUCCACUUCCCUGACAGAAAUUCUGGUGGCAUGGAGAUCCAGCAGGCUAGCCUCAUGCUCUUUAUGCAACUCCCUCCCAACAGUACCUGCACUGUGAAUGUGAAGGUCCUCAUGCUAAGACCACAUGACACCAACCUCACCUUGAUUGCGCAGCACCUGCUGGAGGUGGAUGCCAGUGGCUGGCACCAGAUCUUCCUGGGGCCUGAAGCUCAGGCUGCCUGCAGCCAGGGACACCUUACCUUGCAGCUGGUACCUGAAGGCCAGAGAGCCCACAGAUCAGACAUCCUGGGUGGGACUUCUCAUAGGCCUUUUGUGGUAGCCCGGGUAAGAGUUGGGGGCAAGCACCGGGUUCGCCGACGAGGUAUCGACUGCCAGGGUGGAUCCAGGAUGUGCUGUCGACAGGAGUUCUUUGUAGACUUCCGUGAGAUUGGCUGGCAGGACUGGAUCAUUCAGCCUGAGGGCUACGCAAUGAACUUCUGCACAGGACAGUGCCCACUCCACGUGGCGGGCAUGCCUGGCAUUGCUGCAUCCUUCCACACCGCAGUGUUCAAUCUGCUCAAAGCUAAUGCAGCUGCGGGCACCGCCAGAGGGGGUUCGUGCUGUGUGCCCACAAUCCGACGUCCCCUGUCUCUGCUCUACUAUGACAAGGACAGCAAUAUUGUCAAAACUGACAUACCCGACAUGGUGGUAGAGGCCUGUGGAUGCAGUUAG